AUCAGUUUCUUUUGAGUUUUCGAAAUAAACAUUUCGUUUCUUUAACUAAUUUGCAAAAUGUUCAAAUUUGUUGCCUUCUUUGCCUGCAUCUCUGUUGCUUUGGCUGCUCCCGGUUUAUUGGCUGAACAUCAUACUAUUGUUCAAGAACCUGUGUUGGCUAAGGUUGGCUCUGUUGUUCAUUCUGCUCCCUCGGCUGUAUCCCAUCAAAGUUUCACUCGUGUUCACAACAAAGCUGUUGUUUCACCCGUUGUUGCCCCCGUUGUCAAGACCACUAAAGUACCAGUUGUACACACCUUUGCCGCACCAGUUGUUAAGACUGUAGCUGCUGCCCCUGUAGUCCAUACCUAUGAAACUGCUCCAGUAGUCAAGACUGUAGCUGCUGCUCCUGUUGUACACACAUAUGCAGCUGCUCCUGUUGUCAAAACUGUCCACACCUAUGCAGCUGCUCCUGUCAUUAAGACCGUAGCUGCCGCCCCUAUAGUCCAUACUUAUUCUGCUCCUGUAGUAAAAACUGUUGCUCCUGUUGUUCAUACAUAUGAAUCUGCACCCGUAGUAAAAUCAGUUUCUUACUCUGCUCCUGUUGUUCAUACAUAUGAAUCAGCACCCGUAGUAAAAUCAGUUUCUUAUGCUGCUGCUCCUGUUGUAAAAUCUGUUCACACUUAUGAAUCGGCUCCUGUAGUUAAAACUCUUUCCUAUAGCGCUCCUGUUGUGAAAACUUUUGUCUCCUCUCCUGUUACUUACACCAAAUUUAAAACAACUUCUUUAACUUUAACAAAAAUGUUCAAAUUUAUUGCUGUUUUGGCUUUAGCUGCUGUAGCAUCCGCCGCUCCUGGUUUUGUUUCGGAAAGCCAUCACUCCUUUGUACAACCUGCUGUUUUAACUAAAACUGCUGUUGUUGAUACCAGUGCUUCGUCGGCCAUUACCCAUCAAAGUUUUACCAAUUUAGAGAAAAAAGUACCAGUUGUUCAUAGCUAUGCUGCUGCUCCUGUUGUAAAAACUGUUUCUUAUGAAUCUGCUCCCGUUGUUAAAUCAGUUUCUUACUCUGCUCCCGUAGUAAAAACUGUUGCUCCCGUUGUUCACACUUAUGAAUCAGCACCUGUAGUAAAAUCAGUUUCUUACGCUGCUCCUGUUGUUCAUACAUAUGAAUCUGCUCCUGUAGUUAAAUCAGUUUCUUAUGCUGCUGCUCCCGUUGUGAAAUCUGUUCAAACUUAUGAAUCGGCUCCUGUAGUUAAAACUGUUUCUUAUAGCGCUCCUGUUGUGAAAACUUUUGUCUCCUCUCCUGUUACUUACACCAAAUUGCACCAUUAAGAGUUGUGGUAAAAAAUCCUGUUAGAAAAUGUGAUAUAUUUUGUUAAUGAUUUGAAAUAAAACGAUUUUUAUAUAAUUGAAA